GCCGUUACUCAGUCAGUGUGUGAGAGCGCGUUGCUGAAGUUGCGCAUAACAUGAUGACGGAGACGGCGGUUACAGUGACCACGACGGAAGGGGCGCCUGGUCACAACGCGACGUCGCAGCCGACGGUGAAGUCUGACCCUGGUCAGGGACAGAACAGCCUGGCGUGGAUACGCCUCAACUUCCUCUACUUUCGCACCAUCCCUGGUAUACUGAAGGUUCUGCAGGUGCUGUUCGGUAUUGUGUGCAUGGCCUGUGCCUCUCCUGCCUACCUGUCCGGCACGCACUGGUUCCUGUUCGUGGCCGUCAUCAGCUUCAUUGCAACCCUCAUCUGGAUCUUCAUCUACUUCCUGUCUGUCCGAGAGGCACUCAAACUCCCCAUUAAUUGGAUCCUGACGGAGCUGCUGAACACAAGUGUGACCACUGUGCUGUACCUGAUCGCCUUCAUCGUGCAGCUUUCUGUACACUCGACACCCUACUACAUCUCCAUCAGGGAUCGCAACAUUGCUGCAGGGGUGUUUGGCCUGUUCAACACAUUGGCCUAUGCUGCAGGAGCAUACUUCCUGUACAUUGAGUGGAAGGGAACGAGGGUGAACAACUAGUGACAUCUGCAGCUGUCCAGUGAAUAUAUCGGACUCUUCACAGUAUGACUGAGGCAUUAUAGUGAGACCAAGGGAACUGAUCGUGUUACCGGAAUCAUAACGUCCUGCCCAAGAAAUGUGUCCAUAUUGCCAAGGUACUGACACUGGAGAACCAAUCUGUUUCACAGAACUCCAGUGUUACUGACAUGCAAAUCCAUCACACUCACGACAGUGAUUUGUGGUUUUGUGACUCUGAUAUUGGUUAUAACUGGGCAUGUAUUUCAUCUUGGUGCGCUUAUCAUGUCCAGAAGUAAACAUCAUUUCACCAGUCAUCCAAAAAAUUGUACCCAACAGAUAUUCCUCCAGGAGACAAACUGCGCCUUCCCAGACCUUCAUUGCAAUUGCUUCAUACCAUCACAUGCAAGACUUUAAAUACUGUCCCUUGUAUUAUAUAAUAUGUAUGCAGGUUAUCAUUUACUGCUCUGUGCCUGGAAAAAUCAAAAUAGAUCGUGGGAGAGAAUGUUAACAAAUAUGUUCAAACAAUUUUCGCUCAUCACAGAUGAGCAGAUUGGACGAUUUAUUGAACCAUACGAACGUAUCAGUUGUCACUGAAUUCAUGCCCUCAGGUUUGAAAGAAGGGCAGACUGCAGGUGGGUGACGUAUAUCACACCUGAUAUUGUUGCAUUUUGCUGCUGACCAUGAAACAUUUUUUAACCCCAGUUUCAUGACUGGAAGAAGAUUUUGCAAUACAUUAUUAUAUUUCAGCAUCCUGUUACACUCACACAAUAUAUAUGGACAAAUACCGUCUUAAGUGCAACAAUUU